GCGAGUCGAGUCUCAUUACUCUGUCCACACGCACUGGCGCGUUAAGUUGAUUUUCGCCCAGCCAUUUUCCUUCUCUACCCUCUUCUUCUGCUAUUUUGUCUUCAAGUCAAACAUUAUUCCCUUACCAUUCAAACGAUCUGCCGAUUUACUCUCCCUCUCUACAGCUACUUGUCUGCAGAAGAAAGCAUUUAUAGAUAUAGAUAUACGUAACUGUUAUCUCUACAGGCUACUUGUUAAUACAUCACAUUUUGUGUAGAGAGAGAUUUGAGAAGGUUUGGAGAUGGCGAAGGAGAGGUAUACUGUGGAGGUGGAGCCUGGGAAGCCUGCCAAGGAUGGGAAGCCGUCGGUCGGACCUGUUUACCGGAGUAAAUUUGCCAAGGAUGGAUUUCCGGAGCCGAUUCCUGGACUAGACAGCUGUUGGGAUAUUUUCCGUUUGUCGGUGGAGAAGUUUCCUAAUAACCGAAUGCUUGGCCGUCGUGAAAUUGUCGAUGGGAAGCCUGGUAAAUACUCAUGGAUGACUUACAAAGAAGUGUAUGACAUAGUGCUGAAAGUUGGUAAUUCAAUCCGCAGUUGUGGCAUUGAGGAAGGAGGGCGAUGUGGAAUAUAUGGUGCUAAUUCCCCUGAGUGGAUUAUGAGCAUGGAGGCAUGUAAUGCUCAUGGACUUUAUUGUGUCCCUUUAUAUGACACCUUAGGUGCUGGAGCCGUCGAAUUCAUUAUAUGCCAUGCAGAAGUUGCACUUGCUUUUGUAGAAGAGAAAAAAAUUUCUGAGCUACUAAAAACAUUUCCAGGUGCAACAAAGUGCUUGAGAACAAUCGUAAGCUUUGGAAAAGUUACUUCUCAACAGAAGGACGAAGUUGAAAAAUUUGGCGUGGCUAUUUAUUCUUGGGAUGAAUUUUUGUCAUUGGGAGAAAAUAAAGAUUAUGAUCUUCCUGUGAAAAAGAAGACCGACAUUUGUACAAUUAUGUAUACUAGUGGAACUACUGGAGACCCCAAGGGAGUCAUGAUUUCCAACAACAGCAUUGUCACUUUAAUAGCCGGUGUAAAGCGUCUGCUAGAGAGUGUUAAUGAAUCGUUGACGGUAAAUGAUGUGUAUCUGUCGUAUCUUCCUUUAGCACACAUCUUUGAUCGUGUCAUUGAGGAGUGUUUCAUCAAUCAUGGGGCCUCAAUUGGAUUUUGGCGUGGUGAUGUUAAGUUACUAGUUGAAGAUAUUGGAGAGCUGAAACCAACUAUUUUCUGUGCAGUUCCUCGGGUAUUAGAUAGAAUUUAUUCAGGUUUGCAACAGAAAGUUUCUUCUGGGGGUUUCAUUAAGCACACCAUGUUCAAUCUUGCGUAUUCCUUAAAACUGCGGAGUAUGAGAAAGGGCCGUAAACACACAGAGGCAUCUCCUCUUUGUGACAAAAUUGUGUUCAGUAAGGUAAAACAAGGUUUAGGCGGCAAUGUAAGACUUAUUUUAUCCGGAGCAGCACCUCUUGCUUCCCAUGUAGAAGAAUUUCUGAGAGUGGUGUCAGGUUCUUAUGUUCUCCAGGGAUAUGGCCUGACAGAAACUUGUGCUGGCACAUUUGUUUCAAUACCGGAUGAGUUGAGCAUGCUGGGCACGGUGGGUCCUCCAGUGCCCAAUGUGGAUGUUUGUCUGGAAUCUGUUCCUGAAAUGGGGUAUGAUGCCCUUUCAAGCACACCACGUGGAGAAGUAUGUGUAAGGGGAGAUACUCUAUUUUCAGGAUACUACAAACGCGAUGACCUUACCAAAGAAGUCUUUGUUGAUGGCUGGUUUCACACAGGAGAUGUCGGUGAAUGGCAAGCAAAUGGGAGCUUGAAAAUUAUUGAUCGAAAGAAGAAUAUUUUUAAACUCUCCCAAGGAGAAUAUGUUGCAGUAGAGAACUUGGAAAAUAUCUAUGGUCUAGUUCCCGCUAUUGACUCGAUAUGGAUAUAUGGUAAUAGCUUUGAGUCUUUCCUUGUUGCUAUUAUUAACCCAAACAAGCAAGUAGUGGAGCAAUGGGCUGAAGAGAAUGGUGUAUCUGGGGACUUCAAUGCCCUAUGUGAAAAUCCUAAAGUAAAAGAAUACUUCCUUGGGGAGCUCUCGAGGAUCGCAAAAGAAAAGAAGUUGAAGGGUUUUGAAUUCAUUAAAGCUGUGCACCUCGACCCAGUCCCAUUUGACAUGGAACGAGACCUUAUCACGCCAACAUUCAAGAAGAAAAGACCCCAGUUGCUUAAAUACUACCAGGGGGUCAUUGACAGCAUGUACAAGAGUGGGAAAUAAGCAGCCUAGUAAAAGGUACAUUUGACAGGCAGUGAAGAUAUAUAAUAUGCUUUGACAGUAUUUUCUUAUGGCGCGGUUUACUUUGAUGCGUUUGGUACACUUGUUCCUUUACACCCACUUCCCAAAUGUAGACUCUGAGAUAUGGAAAAUGAUGGCUUCAGACUGUAUAUAUGGCUAUUCCAGAAUUUUAUUAUGUAUUAAAACUGCAAUGUACUACACUUAUAUAUAUUUUUUUUCUUUUUCCUUUUGAAUUAUUAUUUGCUUAAUGUGAAGCCAAUCAGCACUUGGUUUUGCUGCUGUGUUAGCGAGUCUUUUGGAGAACGAUUUUUGCUAUAAAUAGAAAUUUCCUUCC